AUGAAGACCGAAAAUGCCACUGAAUUAAAAUUGUUGCGCGAUACGGUAACCGCGUCGUUAUCGGCAUUGUCAAAUUUAGGCCGAGAUACCAAUCAAUGGGACGAUUUACUUGUGUACAUCGUUACUCAAAAGUUCAGCUCGCGUACCCGUACCGAAUGGAACUUGCGUUUAGGCGCGUCAACCGAUUAUCCUACUUUUAAAACACUUCGCGAAUUUAUUACGGAACGUCUUCGCGGCUUAUCUGACCUUGCGCAUCUUGUACCUAAUUGCGCUACUAUCAGUUUUUCCGCGCGUUCCGAUAAAUCGAAUAAGAUCAAGGCAACGGUUCAUAACACUACGGACCGUAAGUGUCCUUGCUGUCAAGGGAAUCACUUCCUGUCGUUUUGUCAGGCCUUCCGAAAACGGUCGCUAGACCAACGCGCGCAGCUCGCUAGACAAGCACGCGUCUGUUUCAAUUGUUUGAGACCCGGGCAUUUUCCGCUAAAUUGUACAAGUGAGAAGCGCUGUAACUCUUGUCAACGCGCUCACCAUUCAUUACUUCAUCGCGACAACAUCGGUGUAACAACCGCCGACGCUACGGAUCAAGAAGGUACGAAAUCGCAACGCGAAUCCGCGGCAAGUAAAGCGUGCGAAACACAAGGAGCGUUUAAUGAAGCUUCCACCAACGUAGCGACUAAUUAUACCGCAUCUCUAUGUUCGCGAUCUCAAGCUCCGAUUCCCGUCCUUCUCGCUACCGCUCGGGUCCGACUUCACACUGUUGAAGGACGAACUGUAAAGGCCCGCGCUCUCUUUGAUCAAGGCUCGACAUAUAGUUUCAUUUCGGAAGCUCUCGCUCAGAGAUUACGUCCGACGCGAAGUCGCGCGAAUUUACACAUUACCGGUUUCGGGGAAGAAUACUCUGGCAUCGCGCGAACACAAACGAAUCUUCUACUCGAAUCAUGUCUCCGUCCUGGACCGCGACUGCCGAUUUCAGUGUAUAUUUAUCAAAGGAUUACGGCUUACGCAGCUACUCAAGCGUUUUCCGUCGACGCUUGGCCUCACUUGAAGAGCUUAGAACUCGCGGAUCCCGAUCCGUCAAGUAAAGAAACUAUUGAAGUAUUAAUCGGAGCCGACCUCUAUGGUUCAUUGUUACUCGGACCAAUCCAAAGGGGGCCUCUCGGUUCCCCUACGGCGCAGUUAACGUCCUUAGGCUGGAUUGUUUCAGGCCCGGUAAAGCCAUUGGAUUUAGUAUCGCUUCAGGAAGCGACGGUUAUGUCUUGUGUGGCCGCUCCAUCUCUAGACGAACUCAUUCAAAAAUUUUGGGAAACGGAGGAGAUUCCCUCUAAAAUCAUUUACUCUCCAGAAGAGGAGCUAUGUGAAACGCAUUUUCGUCAAACCCAUUCGCGGAAUGCGGAUGGCCGUUAUAUUAUUCGAUUGCCAUUCCGAAAUAAUCAGCCUCCCGUUCUGGGCGAUAGUUAUAAUCUCGCUCAGCGGUUGUAUUCCAAAACGGAACGACGAUUACUUCGCAAUAGCGACCUUGCUGCGGAAUACAAUAAAUUCCUCGCUGAAUACGAAGUUUUAGGGCAUAUGGAGCAGGUUCGCGAUUCCACCGCGCAAUGUCGGCCUGUUUACCUUCCUCACCAUCCCGUGAUCCGGGAGAGCAGCUCGACAACCAAAGUACGCGUUGUAUUUAACGCUUCGAGUGUCACGUCCAACGGCUCUACUCUGAACGAUUGCUUAUUAGUUGGGCCUAAGCUUCAAAACGAUCUUGGCGGAGUUUUGCUGAGCUGGCGCUUGUAUCGUUACGUCUAUCUAGCGGACAUUGAAAAAAUGUUCCGUCAGAUUCUGGUGCAUCCCGACGAUGUGGAUUACCAGAGAAUCGUCUCGAGACCGAAUCCUCAAAGUCCGGUCCUAUCGUACCGUCUCCUCACGGUUACAUAUGGCACGGCCAGCGCACCGUAUCUCGCGAUCCGUGUUCGACAGCUUGCCGACGAUGAGUCUCGUCGCUUUCCGCAAGCUGCGAAGAUUCUUAAAAAUUCGGCCUACGUGGACGACCUUUUAUUUGGUGCAAAUGACAUCGCGUCCGCUAUACAAUUGCGCACUCAACUUAACGAUUUGAUGCAUUCCAGCGGAUUUCACUUGAGAAAAUGGGCGGCCAACGAUCCGCAACUCUUGUCGAUUAUUCCAUCCGGCGAUCACGAGUUAUCAUGCGAUCACGCAUUCGAAGAGAAUACAAGUCUCAAAGUCCUUGGUGUCGCUUAG